UGUCGGAUUGACAAACGGGAACAACCGGAGGGAGCGUCGAAAUAUGGCGGAAAGUACGGAAGUGAGUUAUUUCGAUUUGAGAGUGGUCCACGAUCAUUUCGAACGUGCUCUCAUUGAGGACGAUGACAUUGAUAUUAAGGCCUACUUGGACGCGUAUAACGAAUUAAACAAAUUUUUCCAGCUCAUGGGAAGCGUAUUCAGCUUUGUCUCCUCCGAUUUGAAGCAGAAAAUUGAUAUAUUAUCGGAAAAGGUGAAAACGGAUGGAGAUAAUUACACAACGAUCAAGUCGAUGAUUAGUUAUGAAAAACAACGCAAGAUCUUGAAGUCCGACUCGAGUAAUGGGGCUCGCACGCUGCUACGGCUACAUCGUGGGCUAGAUUUUAUUAGAGAAUUCAUGCAACGCUUGGGUGACUUAACCGAUGCGGAGAAGACAUCCAGCUGUUGUCAAGAAGCUUAUGGCAAAACAUUAGCAAAGCAUCAUCCUUGGGUUGUGCGAACCGCAGCUGUUGUAGCAAUGUACACAUUGCCUACACGAGAAGCUUUACUAAAAAAGGUCUGCGGAGAACAUGUUCAGCGCAAUGUUGAUAUUUUACCGAAAAUGUUAGAGCCACCGGAUUCACGGAAAUGUUUCACUCAACAUCUCUUGACGUUACGUUGUUCCGUGUUCGCCUGCUUGAGGGAGACUACUCCUGUCCACAGCGAAACGACCUACGCCAGCGAUACGAGUUCUACGACGUAACGUUUUUCUCGGUUGCAAGCUGAUAGCCACGUAUUCCUGCACAUUCCUAGAUGCAUUUGGUGCGAAACUCUUCCGUACCUCGCGAUCGCGCGGCGCCCCGCCUGGCGGCGGGUUUUCGAAUUAAGAAAUCGAGGAGACAAUGUUGCACGCCGAGGGAAACGCGACUAAAUCUGGAGUACGCAAAUAUCCCGAUCUUCCGCUAUGGCGGACUCGACGGGAGCAUAAUGCGUCGUAUUUGCGAGUGAGAAACCCGCGAGUGACGCAAAAGCGAUGGGUUCGAAGAAAAUGGCAUCGGUUUAACCUAAUUCUCGGAUUUGGUGGCGUCACUGCGCCGGUGACCGGACUACCGGCGAAAAUGGCCGCCAGGAGAGUCACGUAAUUAAAUAAAAAACAGUAACCGAAACACUGGCUCGGUGACUCAGGACGACGUAAUCUGCGAGCAUCGAUUGCCGAAAUCCUCUAAGAAUGCCAGCUAAACGGGUCGGAAUCCGCCCGAGAUGAGAAACUCUAAACCGAGGAAGGGCGCCGCCAUUUUGGAUCUUCCUACCUAGGACCUCCCGACGCCAACCCUUAAACGUGGACUUUUUAUUUUCAUCACACCCCUGAAACUGGUAUCAGGGCCGAAAUCUACAUAAUUAAGUGCUGCCCAGGACGAGCGACGCGCUGGUACCUCAGCCGCCAUUUUGGUACCCACGAGCUGCGCGGCAAAAAGCGUCGUCUCGUUGUACUCGGAAAUCCGAGGUGUCUCGAA